AUGGAAGACACAUUCGAAAUUGACUCUCUGCCCGCCACGCCCGAGUCGGACUGUCUACCCUUAACCGUCUCCCCGGCCGAUACCUCGUUGAAGGAGGAUGAAGAGAAGAUGGAGGAGGCCAAGACGGAUGAGAAAAGGCCGGUGAAGAAGAGGAAGUCAUGGGGACAAGAACUUCCCGUUCCCAAGACCAAUCUGCCACCCAGAAAACGGGCCAAGACAGAAGAUGAAAAGGAGCAGCGCCGGAUUGAACGUGUUCUGCGCAACCGUGCCGCUGCUCAGACCUCUCGUGAACGCAAGAGGCUCGAGAUGGAGAAGCUGGAGAACGAGAAGAUCCGCAUGGAACAACAGAACCAGUUCUUGCUCCAGCGUCUGUCGCAGAUGGAAGCCGAAAACAGUCGCCUCAACCGUCAGGUGGCACAACUGUCGGCGGAGAUCCGCGGGUCUCGCAGCGUGACGCCGCGGGCCAGCUCACCCGUCACCACGACGGUGAUGUCUCCGACCCUGACCCCGACCCUGUUCAAGCAGGAAGGCGACGAGCUCCCUCUCGAGCGCAUCCCUUUCCGCACACCAUCUAUCUCUGAUUACUCGCCAACCCUGAAGCCGUCCACUCUGGCUGAGGCGUCCGACUUGACACAACAUCCUGCCGCGGUGUUGUGUGACCUGCAGUGUCAGUCGGUCGACUCGAAGGAGGCGGACGUGGCUUCGCGCUCUUUGAGCUCGGAGCAGAUGACGAGUGUCACGCUGCAAAUGAUGUUGCAGCUCCUCUUUCUGACGAUGACUUCCGCCGCCUAUUCGACAGUGAUUCAUCCGCUGAGCCAAAUCCUUCAGUCCUUGAAGACGGGCUCGCCUUUGACGUUCUCGACGGAGGAGAUCUAUCUUCAUUUCCCUUUGAUUCAAUGGUUAAUUUUGACUCCGAGUCUGUCCUCCUCGACGGCAUCGACUCGGCCCACGGUCUUCCGGAUGAGCCUGCUUUCCAGACUCCUAGCGUGCAGCCCAGCCUUGGCGCGUCCACUUCGCGAUGCGACGGGCGGAGCAUUGCAGCUAGCGGUUAGUCAGCGGUUCUCCCGGGAUUCCCGGCCGGCCGUCGAUGCAUGUUCCGAGGACCGGCAGAAUUGGGAGUCACUUGCGACCUUGGCCUGGGCGAUAGAUUGCCUUGAACGCUCGAGAUCCCGGAGACGGGCAGCCUCUUCGACUACUAAUUCUUCCUCUUUAUUAUUCAAAUCAGCGCGGGUGGGGCGGCGUACGAUCCGCCAGCAGGCACGGCCUCGGCCGCGGACACGGAGUUUAUGGAGUUCAACAACAAACAACGGCGGUGACAUGACGUCUUUCCUGGGCAAGCAAUUCUGA